GCGGGAUUGUCGAGGUAUCUGUAGCCUCAAAACCAUCUGUCACUUCUACCUACCUUGCCCAGCCCAAACACAGUCCAAUUGCACUUGCAAGACCGUGAACUCGUCUAUCCACACCAUUGAUCUUGUUUAUCCGCCCCAGGUCAUCAUCACCAUGUCCGCCCUCUACAACGCCCUCUUCCGCCGAAACUACCAGAUGCUUGGCGUGGUCUUCGCCGGGGCUUUCGUAUUCGAGAUGGCAUACGACACCGGCAUGAACAAAAUCUGGGACAACAUGAACAGGGGCCGACAAUGGAAGGACAUUCGACACAGAUACGUCGAUGAGGAAUAAGCUUUGGCAACAGGAACUGACCGGACUGAUGGAAAGAACUUGACCACCCAAGAGCCAUAUUUGGAGGGACGUGGAGAUGCUACGAAGCGCAUGAAUUUUAGAAUUGUACAACACGGUAUCAACAAAGCGGAGUGGGCAGACUGUGCCGCGCCGAUAGCCCGCUAUUCCUUUUGUACAUAUGCUCCGGAUUCGAUCAAAUGUGUCACCAUUGAAAUUACUUGUUGAUGCUCGCGCAUCACCCCAUCAUCGCUGUUGAAGAUGAUUCAGCACCUGAGGCAUGAAUGACUUCAAGAAUAAAGUGCAUCUACUCUGAACUGGCUUGAGGUGGAGGGUACCUGUUUGGGUAGACCGCGGCUAAUGCACCCACACUCGGCUGCAACGCUUGCCAGGAAAUGGCUUGGACUAAGGCUCGAUAGUAGGUAACAAUUGGAACAUAACAACAAAUCCAGUUGUGCAUUUAACAUUUCACAAGUG